AUGGACAGUGAGAAGCUCACUUAUGAAGAAGCCGUGACCGUGUACUUGGCCUUCCAGGAGACGAAGAGAACUGGUGAGAAGAACCAAGUCACCCCAAAGGCUAGGCCCAGCAGAGCAAAGCAGGCCAGUGAGGAGCCCCCAAAGUCCAAACGAGGACGAAGCUUGGAGGCCCGAACAGCCGAGCCCAGACCAAAGUCGAAGCGGGGAAAAACCACCGAAGCCGAAGUAGCCGAGCCGAGCCCCGAGGCAGCCAAGCCAACCCCAAAGUCGAAGCGAGGAAAAACCGCCGAAGCUCAGGUAGCCGAGCGCAGCCCCGAGGCAGCCGAGCCAACCCCAAAGUCGAAGCGAGGAAAAACCGCCGAAGCCGAGGUAGCCGAGCCUGUCCCAAAACUGAAGCGAGGAAGGGCACACUCAGACCUCUCGAUGCCUGACUCCGAAGCUGUGCCAGCCAGGCGAGUCAUGCGCAAGAGUUCACCAGCCCCGCAGGCUUUGCCAAGCAUCCCCGAGCCGGCUGAGCCCGCACAGCCCACUUCUGAUGAUUGGGACUGGAAUGCCGGCGAUGGCGAUGAUGAUGAAGAUGAUAUCUGGUGUGAAUAUGAGUUGUGGCGCCAGGGACUACCGCAGCUGAGUGAGUUGGAGGUCCGGGACUACCUUCCUGGCUUCUCAAGCCAAGCGUCGGUGUCAGCAGGCCAGCCACGCAUCCUCAAUGGUGUGAACAUCAAGAGCCAGGCUGCUCCAGUGCCAAAGCCAUCGUUGGCGGCCAUUGGUGCCGACAGCCUUGGUGGUGAUGAGAUUGCAGAGGAUGACACCCGGGUGAACUCGCAGAACAAAGUGCAACAUAUCAUUGCGACACAAGUGGGGGAAAGGGAUGAACAAGCGCCGGAUUCCUUAGAGGAUACCUUGUAUUGGGUUGUCGUGCAAAGGCUCAAUCAGGAUCUCUCUGCAAACUGCAAGCCCGGCACUGCCUUCUUUGAUGCACCUAUUCCCGGAGCUGAUCCCGGCCUGCUCUCGAAGAAAGCCCCGGCCACCCAGUCGGCACCGCUGAAAGCUGAUGUCCUGAGGGCUCAUGAUCGGAUGAAAGAAUCGAUGAGCCAGAUUGCAGCUAAUGCGAGUUCAAACACAGGCAAGGAGGUCAAGAAGAACAUCAACUCUAUCAGCGACCUCCUCAUGGACUUCGGACAGGUUCAGAGCCUUCUGCUGUGCAAGGGCCAAGCCAAAGGCUACAUGAAGGAGCUGAGCAAACGUGCCCUGAAGUCUGCCACGUCGGUGGCCGAUGUCCUCGAUCAGAAGCUGCUUGAGAUGGCUAUGGAUCUCGAUUAUUGGAUGGAUACAGCAGCAGGCCUCUACGAGAGGACAGCUGAUCUCGGCAAAUGUCGCACUGACUCGAAAGCCUCCCGCAACAUCAUGUACUCAUUAUUGGUGCAAAGCUACCUUAUGCGGGGCAAGACGAAUGUAACACUUCAGACCCUGAAUUCUGCUAUUCUGGCCGACUUCAACAAGCUGAGCCAAGAAGGUGUGCAGGUGGGUGACGAGGUAUACUACUUCAUUCCCGUGGGAUUCAGAGGUGACCUGAAACAGAUGUGCCAGGAUGGCAACUCUGAGCUGCCUUGGAAAGAAGAGCCUGCCUAUGCCAAACUUCACUACUUCAAGCUAUCCAUGAUCAGGAUCGACUACAUGCACACAUUUCAUUUGGGCGUGGCUCGUGACCUUGUGGGCACAGCUCUGAAAAUCAUCGCCACCGGCAAGUAG